CCUCAGUUUAUAAUUUGACAACAAACCGAGUUCACUCGGAGUUGCAAACAUUUUAGCUAAAAAAUUCAAAACGAUAAUUUGUCACAAUACCUACGUUGAACGAAUAUUUAAAAGGGUUGUUAACAAUUGGUUUACCGUAUGACAGAUGUGAGUAUUAUCAUACCUGUAUACAAUGGUGAUAAAUGGAUAGAUGAUUGCCUUAGGUCUGUGGAGACUCAAAAUUUUAAUGGGAAAUUGGAAGUGUCCAUUUUUAAUGAUGGUUCAACAGAUGGCACUAUUUCUAAACUGGAAGAAUGGAGGGAAACCUUGAGAGAGAAGUCUAUAUCAGUGACAAUUGGUGGCCACACUUCAAAUCCAAGAGGAGUGGGUUAUGCUAAGAAUCAAGCUGUGGAACAGAGCAGCGGAGUCUAUCUGUGUUUUCAGGACAUUGAUGAUGUGAUGUCACCAGACCGAGUGUCUAAACAGUAUCAGGCUGCUAGAUCAGAGCAGAACAGUAUCAUAGGUAGCAAGUUCCACAGGGAACCCGAGGGGUCCACAGAGAGGUUUACUAAGUGGGCCAAUACUCUGUCACAGGACCAGCUGUACUCUCAGAUUUAUACGUCGCAUGGGCCUACCCUCAUCAUGCCUACCUGGUUUUGUCAUCGAUCUGUUUACAACAAAGCUGGCGGCUUCAGUGAGGGUGGAAAAGGUGUGCCAGAAGAUCUGAUCUUUUUCCUUCGCCAUUUGGAGCUGGGUGGGGGACUGUGUCGCGUGGACGCAGAUCUUCUCAUGUACAGGUACCACCCAGGGGCCACCACAUUCUCCAUACACGAAGAUACCAUAUGGGAAAUAAGAAUGGAAUAUAUCCAGAAACAGGUCCUAGACAAGUGGGAGUCAUUUACAAUCUGGAAUGCUGGGAAACAAGGAAAGAAAUUCUACAGAAAUCUGUCGACGACCAAUCAGAGGAAGGUUGCAGCAUUCUGUGAUGUAGAUCCGAAAAAGAUCAAGUGUGGAGCAUACAUUUAUCAUGAAUCCAAGGAAAAGAUCAAACCAACAGUACCAAUUGUGCAUUUCCAAUCUGCCAAACCCCCUUUCAUUAUCUGCAUGAAAUUGGAUUUGACUGGAGGAGAAUUUGAGAAGAAUUUGGCCUCACUGAAUCUCAAAGAGGGAGUUGAUUUCUUCCACUUUAACUAGGCUAAGCUAGAAUACAUUAAAAUGCAAAUAACUUUGGGAUGUUUGAUGGAUAUACUCCUGCAAGAUCCCAGGGUGGAGAAAAAAUAUGCAAAAUACUGGUAUACUCUGAAUAAUGUUGCCUCUAAAUAAAAAGAAAAUACUACUUUAAGGAUUAACUUAAUUUAUCUGUAGCGGACAUUUAACAGUCAUAGGCUUUAUCUGUAGCUAUGUGUAAAUUAGCAUUUAUAGAAGUGUUUCCCACAAAUCGUCUAUGAAAUGCUGAUGUGGACUGUUUAAAUGAAAAUUCCCGUGAAAGAAGUUGUCAGAUCAAUAAACCUAUAAAACAAUAAAUAAAAUAAUAUGUA